AUGCGAAUAGAACAUAUCAGACAACAUCUUCUUGGAGAACAGUCUCCACCUAGCCUUUUCAAUUUUGACUUUGAAUAUGGGAAAGAACAUGAAAUAAACCUCAUGUGGCCAACAUCAACAACAACAUCGAUUGGAGAUUCGCCUACCAUUAGUUGGCUUGACUUUGGUUCUUCGCAAUCCGUGGCUGCUGAUGUUUCUAUCGAAACAAGUUCAAAACGGAAGGAUCAACGACGUUAUAGAGGUGUUAGGCGAAGACCGUGGGGGAAAUUUGCAGCGGAAAUUAGAGAUCCGAAUCGUCGUGGAUGUAGAAUAUGGCUUGGAACAUUCGAUGCAAAUAUUGAAGCGGCUAAGGCGUAUGACCGAGCUGCUUUCGCAAUGAGAGGGAGUAAAGCGAUUCUCAAUUUCCCUCUCGAGGCAAUUGAAUGGCGUAGUGGGUCGAAUCCAACUCUUGUUGUCGAUGGAUCGAAGAGACAUAUAGAAAAAGAAGCGAAAGAAACAAAACAAAAAUGUGUGAAAAAUAAAAUUAGUUCAAUGGAGAAUAGUAGUAAUAUUCCGCCUCCUCCGUUAACGCCGUCAACAUGGACUAGGGUUUGUCAAAACGUCGGCGACAUAUUCAAUCUUCCUCCUUUGUCGCCAAACCUCUUUUAG